GCAAUGAUUAAUAUUUAGAUACAACUUCGUAUCUAAUCUACGCUGCCAAGAUUUUUUACUUCCUAUCCAUCUCUUCCUAACUCAAAUACAAGUAUGGAUCCAAAUCUUCACUUAUCAAAUAUUGACAAUCUGAUUAUCCAUUCGUUUCGACCUCCUCCACUUAAAUCAAAUGGUUCAGUCUUUCAGCUAUUUACAGUACAAUUUACUAAAAUUGGUAACUUCAUUACUAUAUUAUGUAAGAUAAUCCUCAUGUAAGUAUGAUACAUAUAGGCUAGAAUGGAAUGAAAUAACACUGCCAACAUCCAAUGGGUCAGUUCGCAUCUCUCGCAAUCAAUGAUGAGUGUGAAUAUGGUUGCCAUUGUGAAUUUGAAUAGAGAGUACACUCUACACAUCUGCAUUACAUAUUGAGUAUGUUAUAAUCCCUUAUAAAAUAUUUUUGUAUAUCUCCGAUUUAUUAACAUAAUUAAUUGAAAAAGUCAUCAUAUUAAUUUGGAUUCUAAAACAUCUCAUGUUUCCAACAUUAAUAUUUAAUGGAUGAAUACAUUGUAGACGAUAGAAUCAACGAAUAAGAUCGCAAUUACCUAUUAUCCCAAGUGGAUUCAAUACACACUCUCUAUAUCACAAGAGAACAUAUUUAAUCGAUUAAAUCGCAAUUGCAUUCUGAAGACUACAUCUCUAUUCAUAUUGCCCUGCAAAAAUUACUACGACUCAUCUUUUUGGAAUUCCACAUAGAGAACUUCCCCCUUGAUUUGGACGAGGCUGGGAAUCAGUAUCACUUCACCUAAUUCAUCAUUCAAAAUAAUAUCAUUUAACCUCUAAUACAUUUAAUUUAAGUUCAAUAUUCAAUUCAAAGCACUGUAGAUUCGACUCAAAUCCUCAUAUGUUUACUUUGUGGAACAUCUCAACAAGUGGAGCUGAUCUUACAAUAAGGCCUGAUCUCCAGUCUCUCCCUCAUGUUGUAAUCAAACAUCGAUUUAAUUGCAUUUACUGGACUUGUGGCAGUGUUAUAGGCUGCUAAAAUAAGGCACUCCAAGGCUUUCUGUAAAUAGUUCCUCAACAAUUAAUGCGAGCAGUUUAUCUUCAAGAGAUACGCGAAAGAACCUGAGUUCUGUUUAAAGACCCUGUACUCAUUGUGUACCAAAAAGCCUUCAAUGAAAUUCGAACUCAUCAAAUCUAGUUUACUGUUUAUAAUUGACAAAAUUCAUAAAGAAAAUAAGAUAGGAAUCAUAACUAAAUGCAUCUGUAUAGUCACUGGAAAAUGGAUACCCUUGCCUCCAUUGAAAGAAAACCACCUCAAACGAAUCCAAUUACUCUUAGAUUUUGAUAUCAUUGCAAGAUUUGUCUAACUAAUGAAAUAACACGAAUCAGAAUAUGAAUUAUUAUAAGUCAUUUUAACAAAUUUGAUAUUUGUUUUAUCAGGAACUGAUUAGUAAUUCUAAUUUGUUUUGAAACAAGGAAUAAUGAGGUAAGUCUAAAAAUUGCUUGAUUGUAAGGAUAAUGCCACUUUUCAUAGAUGUCUUGCCUUUCUGGUUUAGAUUAGCAACAAAACACUUGGAGUAUCCUUUCUUUUUGAAUAGAAAACCAUUAUCUCAAUUGUAAUUCGAGUUUACAGUGUCGAACAAAAGGAAUUUGCUUUAUUGAAGAUAGUCUCAAUCUUCGAAAAUCUGGUACUACUAGGAGACAUCGACUAAGUGCAGAGUUUAAUUGAUUAAUAGUUGAUCAGGAUCAUCAUUAAAAAUCUGAAAUUGAAUCUAAAUCAGGACAACGUACAGGUCAAUUGCAAGACUGUUGAAUUAUUGCAAUCCAUAUUCACCAAAGUCAGAAAUACGAACAAGGAGAAAUAUGAGAAUUGGAAGGAAGAGUUCAUCAAAUUUGAAGGCAUACAGGCUUUGAGAUCACUGACUUCACAAACAGAACAAAUAUUUUCUUUAAAUGAAUUUUUAAAUACUUGA